AUGCAGCAGCCCAACGCUCCUCAACCGGGUCGGACAGCCGCGCCGCUUCAGACAACCAUACCCCUCGGUCCCGAUGAGACUCCUUUCACGUCGCACCAUACUCCCACCCCUCCCUCGGAUCGAUUGAACCCGAGAAAUGCCUCCUCUCAAGCUGUCGCCGGCCUACACAGUAGGGAGUCAUCUGUUUCUGGUCCUAGGGGACGCCCCGUCGAUACAUCCGGUCGCGGUCUAACGACGCUUCAACCCCAAUCUCGGAGUCGCGGACAGUCUCAUUCCAAAAGUCCUGAAUCUAAUGUCGGUCACCCUGAUGGUGUUAUCGAGCGCAAACCUUCUCUAUCCUCUUACGGUCAUCAUCGCAAAACAUCGAUUGUCCAUGGCAUUCAGCAUUCACGCAGCCCGAGUUAUACAACAACCUCGGCGGGCCCUCUAAGCCCAGAAAUCAUUGCGUCUGCAGGCUCAAGUAACAUGGCCGGUAUAUCCGUGGGGUCGGACUACAUGUUUUCCAACCGAAACGAAGACUUGGAAUCUAUUUUGAAGUUUGCAGCCAAUGGAAGCAAUGGCCCAGCACACUCUCCAGCCAGCGGUCUCAGUACUAUUCAAGAUGACGAUGAACAUUUGACUUUGGAACAGACGGCGACGAGAAGCAGCAGCUCUGUCCACAAGAAGAUGCCGUCGAAUAGCAAACUCCGCCGAGAGCAUUCACACAGCCGCACGCAUUCGAAGCAUCACCAAGAAGCGAAAACGGUCGGCGAAUAUGCUCUGCAUCAUCUAUUCAACUCUUUCGUUGCCCACGCAGACAAUAAAAUCAAUCAAAGCAUCGUCAAAGUCGGCGAAGUCGAGGCCCCGGUAGAAGAGGUUUGCGGUGAAGGUGCAGACGCGGUUUUCGACCAGCUCAUUUCUGCUCUGGGGCACAUCGCUCGCUCCAAACCAAAACCAUUGAUUGAUACUAUUAUGCUGUGGCGGAGAGCCAAAGGAGAAGCCGCGACUUCAGCCAAAAACCCUCAGAAAUCCCAGAGCUCGGAAAGUGGACCGCUUCUUCGCCGAAACACAGAGCCUAUUCAACCAGCAACCUCCGACUCGGAUCUGGGUUCAGAGAAUGUCCCGCCUGCUUCUAUACAGAAGGAUGGCGUCCAACUUCUUGAGCGUCGAGCAACGGUCUCGGUGUACCUCGUGUGCAGAGUGUUGAUUGAAAUCUUCAACCAAAGCACUGUCGAGGCGAUCGGCACUGAAAUGACAGAGCGCCUGGAAGAUAUCGUCUUCGGACAACUGAAGGCAGUUGAUCCAGAACAAAUAGCGGCGUCACCGCUACGGAUGGCAAAUUGGAGGAUCUACGGACAAUUACUGGGCAAGAUGAGUGAGAUCAAUUUUACGAGUGUUACGAUGCGCUUCAUCAAUGAGCUUGAACGGUACCAAAAAGAGGCUGCUCUGCGAGGCCAAACCAGCGAGUUUGAUGCGAAGGCAGAACUGCUGAUCUUGGGUAUGCGACAUUUCAGCAUAAAAACAUACCCUGAAGAGGCAUGGACCAAGUCGUGUGAAUACAUGAGGUCAAUAGCCCGACUAUUCGUCAACGCUCACGGACAAAGAGUCAAACAAGCGUAUUGCUAUAUCAUUGAGAAAGUUCUGAUCUCAAUUGCAGCCAACCCGGCGUGCGACGUGGGUCAUCCUAUUUGGAAGGACUUUCUGGAAAUCAUAACUCCACGACUUUCACAGAUGAUUGCCAAACCUCGGCAUUGGAUGACUGCUUUCCCUUUGCAAACAAUCUUGCUCUGUGUUUCUUCAAAGGAUGCUUUCGCUAGUCAAUGGCUUUCCAUAGCACUCAAUUUGCCGGCACGGCUCAGAGAUCGGCCUACUCGCGGUCUGGCACUUCAAGCUCUAUGUCGAUUGUUAUGGACAUAUCUUUUCCGGUACCCCGACCCUCCUAAUAUCACACUCAAACGGGUUGAUGAAGUCAUCAAAGUCGCCCUACCACCAGGAAGGAGGACUUACCUUACAACAGAGCCAUCCGUGGCCGAUCCUUUGAUUCAACUCAUUCGCAUGAUAGGAUUCAAGCUCCCAGACCUAUGUUUCCGUAACAUCAUUUUUCCUCUGAUAAACUCGGAUCUUUUCCUGUCAGGAAGAGAACUGAAAAUAGAACAAAUGGAGCCGGAGAAAAUGGUGGUAGGAAUUCGGUCAUUUCUAUCAAUCAUGUGUGAUCUUGAAAAUGGCGAUCAAUUAUACCCACCUUUUCCAGCAGGUCCUAUUUCCACACACUUUGUCGAUAUUCCCAACUUCUUGCUUCCGCCUCGACCGCAACUUUUAGCAGACCCGAAACCUCGUGCGGUCGUUUCGGACCCCUCGGCCUUGUCAUGCCCAGUCAAUGUUUCCAAACUCAACGAAGUAGCCAAGGCCUACUACGUACAGUUUUGUGAGAUCUUGGGAAAGAUUACUAUUCUUUGUGACAAUACUUUUGGUGGACAGGCUGCUCUUGAUGAGAAAUUCAGUGGCUCAACACCCAAGACCCCCAUAUCGGAAGCGUUCAGUUUCGGCCGACGCGACGAUCACGCGAGCCUUAUCGAACAAAGGCAGAGUUUUUACGAUCUGCUUCAUGUAGCUGUUCAAGCUCUUCCUAGAUGUUUGUCCGACCAUAUACCCUUCAAUUCUCUCAUCAAUCUUCUUUGCACAGGAACGGCGCAUGUUCAACCCAACAUAGCGAGAUCCUCGGCAGAAUCCCUGAAAUCAAUAGCACGGCAGAUGCAUGCUCAACAAGUCACUAUUGGCUUUGCGCGGUUCAUAUUUAAUUUCGACGCUCGGUACUCUACCAUGUCGGAUGAAGGCAUGCUUGGGCCGGGUCAUAUCGAAUCUACAUUAACACUAUAUGUUGAACUCUUACGAAUUUGGAUCGAAGAGAUCCAGCAAAAGACGAAAGAAAUUGCAACUGACCAGGCGGAGAAUAAUGUUGACUCCGGCACCCGGGCGUUGCAACUCGAUCUUUCUAGCGUACUCGCCUAUGUUGAGGAGAUUGAGGCACAUGGUAUUUUCUUCUUGUGCUCCCAAUCUCGCAGGGUCCGCCGCUUUGCUAUUUCCGUGCUUCGACUAGUCACAGAAUUUGAUAACGCAUUGGGCAAAGAAAACACCAGAAUCAUUCGAAUUCUUGAAGCGGAUUCCCAUCAAAUUAUGGACCUCAACGAUGAGCACUUGACAAUCGCAGAGCGUAGUCGCCUUCAAAAGGGCAAGCGAAGGAGUACCUCACAAAAUACGUUGAUUGAACUUUGUAGCAGCGAUGUUUCUUACGAUUCGAGCCUUUGGGUCAAGGUAUUUCCAAACAUCAUUCGUGUCAGCUUCGAUACAUGUCCGGUCGCAGUUACUCUCGCUCGAGAAAUCGUGUGCGCCAGGCUAGUACAGAUGCACAGAAACAUUACUACUCUAGCAGAGAGCCAGCGACUUCAGCAAUAUGCAACUUUUGAUAUGACCCAAGGAAGAUCACUUGGCCGAGCCAGAUCCCCAGCGGAGAUUAUGAUUGAGCAAUGGAAGCUUUAUCUUUUGAUGGCUUGCACUACGCUGAGCAACGUUGGUGCUCAAUCCCAGAGUCAACUAGCGAAUGCUGAGCAUGCCCGCAGAACGUCCAAAGGAAUGCAAACCGCACAAGACAAAAUCGGUUCAGCCCGAGCUCUCUUUGCAUUUGUGAUUCCAUUACUCUCGGCUUCAUUGGAUUCAAUAAGAGAUGCAAUUGUUUCAGCACUGGGCUCGAUAAACAAGGCUUUAUACCGGACUCUUCUUGAGUCUUUGCAAUAUGCCGUGACGACAUGCAAUGAAGAGGCAAAAUUGCGCAUCGGCACUCAUAAUCGUACUCCAAGCAGUCCUCAUCGCAGUCGCAAGACAGAUCGUUUACGUACUGAAGUUACCCACGUGUAUAAAUUAACGUCAAUUUUCCUCAGAGAAGCGGAAAUAUUCAAUGACGAUUGGAUCGUCAAUAAUCUGGUAACCUAUGCAAAAGACUUACGCCUUUUCCUGAGCGAUGCGGAAGUACAGAAUGACUGGGAGUUCCAACGCCUGCGCAACCACUACUGCGGACUCAUGGAGGAGCUUUUUGAAGGCAUCAAUCGUACCAAAGAACCAUCUCGCUGGAUGCCAUUUGAGUCCCGAAAAUCUGCAUUUUCCUUGAUGGAGGGCUGGUGCGGAUACUCACCAAGCCAGGCACAGAUUGCUCAAAGAGAAGACAAUAUGAGGCGAUUUGCCAUUGCGCAACACAACGAUCCGGGAGACUUAAGAAAUCCCGCAGCCUUGAUAGAAAUCGAGAAGAAGAAUCUCCAAUCCGCGGCGUUGAGCGCAAUGUCGUCGUUAUGUGCUGGACCAAUAAGUACGACAACAGAAGGCGGGUCAAUUCUUCAAUUUGAUGUGAGCCGAAUGCUGGUUUGGAUCGGCAGUAUUUUCGAAACAGUCAGCGAUAAGCUGCAUGCAAUCGGCCGACGAGCAUUGAAGAAUCUCAUUGUUCACAACAAGGAGUAUCCAUUCCUACUCGAACGCAUGAUAGACUUGUGCUACGGUGUCGACCGAGAUAGACGUCUUGGGGACAAGGCUCUUGAAAGCUAUUUUGAAGUCGUCAACCAAGUGCUUAUUGAGGAAACUGACUAUGCAGUGGCAUUCUGGAGAGUAGUCGCGGUUGUCAUGUACAUGCUAGGCAACGAAAAAAGGGACAUCCGCAUGAAAGCAGUGAAGCUCACCCGCAUCCUGGAAGAGCGACAGCAGAAGAAUUCGCGACUUCAGGAUUUUGAUAUCAGUCUCUCUGACAAGACCACAGCCGUGUAUAAACUCGCUCAGUUUGAAAUUUCAAAACGGCUCGCAUCACAGUAUUCCGACAUUGGCUUUCUCAUCUUCUCUGAAUUCUCAAGACAUUUUACACGAACUAUGUCAACUGAUGAUCAACGAAAUGUCGUGACGGCGAUUUUGCCUUGGGUCCAGGCGAUGGAGCUACAAGUCGACCCCAACCAACAGCCUACACCGCGUUCAUAUAUGCUUCUUGUUAAUAUGCUCGAGAUCACCAUCCUUCGGUGCAAGCUUCUUCCUAAUGAAGUGCAAGCUCUUUGGCAGUCACUGGCUACCGGGCCUCAUGGAGGGAACGUCCAAGUUAUUCUUGAUUUCAUCAUCAGUCUCUGUUUGGAACGCAAAGAACAAAACUUUGUUGAAUAUGCCAAACAAAUCGUGGUAUUCCUAUCGUCUACUCCGGCAGGCUCAAAAGUCAUUGAAUUCUUCUUGCUACACGUCGCUCCUAAAUAUAUGAUACAAGAACGAAAGGAUGAAGUUGAAUCACCCCCAGAUUGCCGGGGAUUGCCCUACGCCGCUAACCUGAAUGAGAUACUGCCGAUAGGCAAUAAACAGGCUGGCUUGUCGAUGGGACAACUCUCGAUGAUUUUCCUUGUGGAUCUAAUCGUCGGCCCUGUUACUCUUGCCGUACAAGACGUGAUCAAGCUUUUACAUGUGGUCCUGAUUCUAUGGGAUCAUUACACCUUCACAGUGCAGGAGCAAGCUCGAGAAAUGCUCGUCCAUCUUAUUCAUGAGCUCGUCUCUUCUAAGCUUCAGGAUGAGGUUUCUACUGAAGCGCGACAAGCCAUUGAGCAUUUUGUCGACUCAAUUCGUAAGAGUGAUGCAUCGGUUAUAUGGGAGUACGAGGACAACCAUGGCAAAGAAGAAGAUGACGGUACUCGCGUCCCGCCUGCCAUGACUUUUGUGACGCGACAAGUUGUGCAAUUCUUGAAUCUCGUUCAUGAGGAUAUCAGCGAUCUCUGGUCUAAGGAAGCUUUGAAUUGGGCCACAUCGUGCCCUGUUCGACAUUUGGCCUGCCGUUCUUUCCAGUUGUUCCGAUGUAUUUCGAAAUCCUUGGAACCAAAGAUGCUAGCAGAUAUGCUUGCGCGGCUUUCCAAUACAAUCGCCGAUGAAGAAACAGACUAUCAGACCUUUUCCAUGGAGAUACUCACUACGCUGAAGGUUAUAAUCAAAUCACUGGCACCGGCUGACUUGAUGCAAUAUCCUCAGCUUUUCUGGACCACGUGUGCUUGUUUGAAUACUAUACACGAGGUUGAAUUUAUGGAGAGCAUCAGGAUGCUCGAGAAACUACUCGAUAAGAUUGAUAUGGGUGAUCCCAACGUUGUGGCUACUCUAAGUGGUGCUCAGCCCCCUCGAUGGGAGGGUGCCUUUACUGGAAUCCAGGAUCUGGUGUACAAGGGCCUGAAGUCUUCAGAGUCUUUUAAUGAGACCUUGAGUCUGCUGCACCGAUUGACACCCCUGCCGGAUAACAUACUUGUGGGUGAGAGUAAUCGGUUACUUUUUGCUAUUCUGGCCAACAUACCACACUUUCUUCAUCAGUUCGAUGCGGAUUCAAAUGAUGCAGAGAUCAUGGAGAGAGCGAAUCUGCUAGGCCAGGUGGCCGACCGACGGGGCUUUGAGCGACUGGCUGCCUGUCUAGUUGGCUUCGCCAAUGCGCAGUGGAAAAAGGAACAGGACUUUUUGCAACAUAUCGUUUCAGAAAUUUGCUCAUAUUAUUUCCCAGCGCAGGAGGUGCAGACUUUGGUGUUUGUGAUGGGGUGCUUGACGAAUGCUACGCAGUGGUUCCGAAUCAAGAUAUUGAGUAUUUUGAGUGUCUUGAUUCCAGAAAUGGACAUGCGGCGACCUGAAAUUACAUCCCAUGGCCCAGAUUUAAUUUCACCCCUUCUUCGACUCCUUCAGACGGAGUUAUGCCCUCAAGCACUCGAGGUCAUGGAUCAUAUUAUGACCGUUUCAGGUAAUCCGAUGGAAAAACAUCACUUGCGCAUGAGUAUGGCAUCGUCGUCCUCUUCUCGGGCAAUUCGGAAGCAAUACGAGGGGAUACAGAGUCUGUACGGUAUUCCAGAACCUACAGGCUGGUCUAUUCCCAUACCAGCUGCACAAUCAGCCACAACACGUCACAAUGUCCACGCUGUGUUUUAUACCUGCGCAGAAGCCGAUCGAAUGGAAGCGCAAAGAGCAGUAACUCCGGAUGUUGAGUUUAGUACCGAGGAUUACAGCGAAUCCUUUUACCCAUCAUCGAUGCGGACGGAUACUAUGAAGUCCAUCGACACGCAGACCGACGGAAACAUGGGUGAAAUCGUGCAACGACUGGACAGCUUAGAUGACUUUUUCGAAGAAGACGACUUUGGGUUCCAAACACCAUCCAUGAGUUCUCUGUCGGAGAUGCGUGGCUACCCUGGCAGCUUCGCAGACACAUCGGCCAGUCUAUACGACCAACAGACGGCGCCCAUCCUUCGAAAGUCGCUUGCCCGAACCCCGUCCUCGUCGUCAUUCCAUAACGGUCUCGCUGAGACAUCACGACCACCGACUAGACUCGACGGCGUAUUUCAAAUGACUUCGUCUGCCCUUGGUCCAGCGCCUACCUCUGCACCUGGCGGCGGAUUGCGACCCGUGAUGCACAGUCGAUCUGUAACAUCACCAGCCAACCACCUGGUCAAUCAUACACCAAGUCUGUCAACCGCCAGCAUGUCACCUCGCCCCAUCAUGGAAUCGACGUUACUCUCAGACAGCGAAGUCGAAGAAAGCUUCUCUGACAUUGACGAACGCACAGGUCUACAUCUGUCAACAUCACGGAGUACACCGGCAACAAGUCUCGCCCGUAAAAGUUCCGAGGGAACAUCAUCCCUAGAAUCGAUGCUUCGCAGCGGCAUGCGGCGUCUCACCGGCGGCACAGCCUCAAGUCGUGAGAAAGAGCGACAACGAGAUUUGUUACGUGCUCAUCAGCGCGCAGUUGCGCAGACAGCGAAUUCGCCGCGGGUGCCCAAGGUACCGGCGGAGUAUCUUACGGGGUCUGUGAGCAGUCCAACGUCUCCGGGCCAAGCGGGUGCACCAGGAGGAGCGUGA